CGAGUCGCUUUCUUGCCUCUGUGAUGGUUAGUAAAUUAGUAUCUCCUGAAGUCACUAGCUAUCAGCUCAAUGCACAUGGGCAGUGGUGUGUAGAUGAUGUUAUCGCGUGCAGCUGUAGAUAAGAUAGCUGUGGUUUUUCUGAGAACUGUUGACUACUUUGCGUUGAUGUAGAUCUAGUGAGAACUGUUGACUACUUUGCGUUGAUGUAGAUCUAGUGAGAACUGUUGAUUACUUUGCGUUGAUGUAGAUCUAGUUGUUUUGUGUGAUACUAGACGUCGCUAUUAGCACUGUAAUAACUGAUGAGGCGAUGACACUGGCUUUGUGCUAUUUGACUUCAAUGGAGGUCUCUAUAGACCUAACACGUUUUCUAUUCUUCAGUUUCAUAUUAUCAUCUUUCAUGAUUGACGUCACUUGCUAAAGGGACGAUAUGAGGCGAGACGAUGAUGACAGGUACAGGAGGGGAGGGGCCCGCAACGGUGGGCCCUCAUUUGACAGAUUCAACACAGAUUAUCUAGAUCAAAACAGUUUGUCUGAUUUUCGAAGCACAGAGCCCAAAUUCGAACUAGACCAUUUAGCCACAUUUGCUGCUGGCACUAGAAAUGGCUGCAUUCAUGCAGAAGAUGGUCUGCGCAAGCUGCGGCAGAUGGAGAAUACCACAGGCAUCUGGACGAUGCGAUGUAUUCUUAUUGUAGAGAGGGGGCACCUAGUCAUAUUGGAUAACAGCACAGGGGAGGAACUGGAGAGGUUUCCAAUUCAGCUUGUCCAGGAUCCCACCGCUAUCUUCAAGAAUGACCGCAGGGAAAUUUACAACAAUCUCAUUCUGUUCACCAUCAUUGAUGACCCCAAGAAGAGGUCAUCCCAGGCUGACAUGCACAUUUUUCAGAGUUGCAAGGCACCUGCCCAAGAAAUUGUAGAUGAGAUACUAGCCGCAAGGAACGGUCAGCAGAGAUUGCCACAAGGUCUAGGAGGAUCAUCUUUGGUGAUUUACCAACAAAAUACUAACAAUAGGAACUAUAGGUCCAGAUAUGCAGGCAAAGAUGUAUACAACUUUCAAGAUAUGAAAGAAUAUUUAGAUACCCGCACCUACAACACGACAGAGAUGAAACAGUUUAACCAGACUAGCUACAGCCCCAGUGGUCAGUAUGGAGGGCCCAUCAGCCAGCAGCGAUCUCUUAUCACGCGUAUCAACACCUUGAGGGAGAAGGAGGACUUUGGAGGUGGGAGCACAGAGAUCUUGGAGAGGGACGUGCAAUUGCUGAAUCACUGCUUCGAUGACAUUGAGAAGUUUGUGGCCAGACUUCAGCAAGCAGCCGAGUCCUACAAGGAGUUGGAGAAGAGAAAGCGAGACAGGGGAGCUAAGAACAAAAAGAGACAGUCUGGAGAUGGCAUGUUGAAUGCUAGAGCUCGGCCACCACCAGAUAAGGACUUUGUGGAUAUCUUCCAGAAGUUUAAGCUUUCCUUUAAUUUACUGGCUAAACUUAAAGCACACAUCCAUGAUCCCAACGCACCAGAGUUGGUUCACUUCCUGUUUACACCCUUGUCGCUGAUCUAUGAGGCCAGCCGUGACCCCUACCAUGGUAACCAGAAUCUUGGAGACCAGGCUGUGGCCCCCGUCUUGACCUCAGAAGCCAAACAACUUCUGCUUAACUGCCUGACGUCCAAGGAGAUAGAACUAUGGCAGGCCCUGGGCAAACACUGGACCACAAGCAGAGAUGAAUGGAAUGGACACAUUCCUCCAUAUGUCCCAGAGUUCUAUGAUGGUUGGCAGCCAGCUGCUGGAGUCAUAGAUGAAAUGACUGCAAGGACGGCUGUGAUGGCCCAGCAGCCCAUAGCUAUUGACCAUGGCAGAAACUCAGGGUUGAUGGAUGAUAGAAUAAGGCCCUAUAACCCCCCACCAGGCCCAAUGCAUUUCCCUGAUGAGGAUAGGUUCCACAGAAAUGACUUUGAGAGGUUUGAGUCGGCUCCCAGAGGCUAUGAACCUAACCCGCUUGCUUACGAGACUCAUUCCAGAGGAGGUUUUGAGCCUUUUACUGCUCGGGGAUUCGAACCUGUGCAAAUACCCAGAGGGUAUGAGCCCACUGGUUCCCGUGUCUUCGAGUCCCAGGGCAUAAGAGGCUAUGAACCUCAGUCAAGAGAGAGGUCGCCUGCUCAGUCUGGAAUGGGCAGCCCAUACUCUUUAGAUUUUGUAGAGACGCACACAAUAGAAAGAAACCAUCGAGCUGAAGUCCCCAAGCCUGAGCCCAUACACUCUGGCCCUCUCACAAGGCAGGAUGAGAACGCAGCAUACUAUGAGGAGCUGAGACGUACAGAUGCAAUGAUCUAUGAGGCUGUACAUGACAGACCAGGUAAAAAUACUAAAGAGCUGAGUGUACAGAAGGGAGACAUCCUACAGGUGCUGGACAGUAGCAAAAACUGGUGGAAACUACGAAACUACAAGGGCCUAAUUGGCUUUGCUCCAUACACAAUACUUAAACAAGUCCCAGCAGACCAUCAGCCAGAAGGAUUAGCUUCCAGAACUAUCUCCGAGACUUCCUUCACAGAUGACAAUGUUUCUCGAGCAGCAUCUCGAAGAGAGCCCUACACUCAAGUGAAAAGAAUUCAGCAGGUUUCAGAGACAUCUAAACGCUAUUCGAUCCCAGAGCCCAAACCGCUCGUUGCCCCACCAUUGCCCUCUUCGGAUUCUUCAUGGGAACAAGCUAGCAAAAGGGCAUCUUUUUUUAACUUUGACGAGAGGCACUCUGAAAUCUUGCAUCGAGACCAAACCCGCUUUGCUCGCUUCCCAUCCUCGGCCCAGGACACGAGUUACUCCCCAGGCCCUAGCGCGAGACAAAGUGCGGCCUUCCAGGAUCCAUAUGGGUCGGCUUAUCCUCCGCCAUCAUUGCCGCCCCCGCGGAGAAGCAGCCUCAUGUCUGAUCUACGUAGAAGCUCAGUCUUCUCGUCAGCCAAAGAAGCGUCAAGCCAGCACAGCCCUGUCUCCAUGUUACCUUCAGACGUUGUUUCUGCUAAUUACCAAUACAAGCAAGACUCUGUUAUGUACCCCAGUUCCAAGACAUCAGCGCCAUCUGCACCAUCAGCUCCUUGGCCCGAGGAAGAUUAUCCAUUGGAUGUAGAGCUGAGACACAAAGAUAAGAAAACCAAGGCACACCUGGAUGAACUUCAUGCCAGGGUGACCUCUAGAGUCUCACGGUCUGCAGACACCACAAGGCUGGAUGUCAACUCAACACCAGAUGAUGUAGCUGGGUGGAUGUUAACGAAAGGAUUUAGCGAAGUAGCACGAGAGAGAUUUCAGGGAUACACAGGAAGAGAGAUUUUUCAGCUUCGUUUUAACGACUUCGUCCAACUCAUUGGCCACGAUGAAGCGAUCCGAUUGGACGGUUUGAUAAGGUUACAGAAAAGUACAUCCGGGUACUCUACUAGAUCGGCCAAAGAACUCAAUGACAUUUUAGAAAAACGUAAACAGUACAUCAAUGAAAGCGACACUGACCUAGAUAAUCAACAAGAAGAUUACAGGGGAGUGACGUCCAGCGGACAAAGUCUCAGGGAGCAGAUAGUACGAAAACGAGGUCAGCUGAGACAAAGCAGCGUGGACUACACCAAGUGAGAGUUACGCCUGCAAUUAUACGACCGUACACGACCCCAGGCUACGCCUUAAAAUAGAGGACCUUGAGAUGACUUUACUGAUUCACAUUUGUGGCUGUGGGCGUAGAAUAAACUUUACAAAUGACUACUUGUGUGUGUGUGUGUGUGUGUGUGUGUGUUUUGGUUUAGUUAUUUAGAAAUAAGAAGGACUGUUUUAUGUAAAUAAUUUCUCUUCUAUUUCGUAACUCUGCCACGUUUCUAAGGCACCAAUGUUGAUGAUGUCAUGUCUCUUAUCAAUAUACCUUCAUAUUUGUUUGAUAAAUGACGUUUCUAUGUUUUUGUUUUAUUCAAACAGCCACCUUUCAUUUGUUGACUUAGGAUCAUGUUCUACAAGUUAUGAUCCAUUCACUUUUCCUGGUAAAUUCUACAUUCAGAAUCCACUUGUAGUUUCUUCGGCCCCUUCCAUUUCAUAAACGUACACAUGCUUAACGUCAUAGUACAAAUCCAGAGAAAAAGUGAGGGCCCCAACAUAGGGGAGAUACAUUUUUCAACUUUUUUUUCGGAGGAGGGGGGGGGGGCGGUAGGAUUUUCUACACUUUGUGCCGAUGUUUCGGCGGGGCGAAUGGAACUACUUUGCGGGCCGGAUGUUGUCCUCGUGCCGUAUUAUGGGCAUCAUUGAACUAGUGCAUUAGCUUUAUUAAACGGUGUUGGGAAGACACGAAUUAUAUCACUUGUAAAGGAGAUUUAAAUCGUAAUAUGUAGUAUGUUACAUAGGCUAUAUAGAGAAAAAUAAUAUAUUAUUUUUAACUUACCAUAUUAUUAUUUAAAAAUCUAUUUAAAUUCUCACUCGGAAAAGUUUUAGGGGACAAAAAAAAAACUGGGGUCCUAAGCUAUAUUAUGAGUAGAUUGUGCGUAAAAAGUCCACUGUACAAAAUUUAUAUACGCGCAUGUCGCCGGUAAAGGGAAGUAAUAAGUAGGGUCUGCGGCAGUGUUUCUGACACUUGUGACCUCCCCUGGCGAUUGAUUCAAAACAUGGAACUCUUUAAAAAAUUACGGAACAUUUAAUGAGUUUUUAAAAGGAACAGCAUGUAGAAGUUAUUAAAGAAUUGGGAUAUGAUUAUCUAGAGCAGCGGUUCUCAACCUUUUAUGCUCAGCGACCCCUUUUUACCAUCCCCCACUCUGCCUCGACCCCCCCCCACACACACAUACAGCAAUAGAAGAGUAGACAAUAACAAUCCCUAUUUUCGAUGGUCUUAGGCGACCCUUGGCAAAUCGUCAAUCGACCCCCAAGGGGGUCGCGAUCCACAGGCUGAGAACCCCUGAUCUAGAGGUUUAAAGUGUUUGGGGUGCCCUGUGAUACUGCUCAUAUCCGAAAAUAGUGUAUGUGUGAUAUAUAUUUAAAAUAAUGACUUAUUUAAUUUAAACAGCGAUACCUCUAACACUAUGUUAAUAUUUGUUUGACUUCAAUAUUUUCAGUAGAUACAUAAAAAAAUGGAAUGUUGUAACAAAUAAUGAAAGAAAUAUAAUUGGAAUCGAUGACAA